UUUCCUAGAUUUUGACAGUUCGCAGCUGGUGCUGUUGGAUUGUUUCUGUUAUGGAUUUUUGAGACCUAAAAGCGUAGAUAUUACUUAAAUUGUGGCGAUAAAUUAGUAAAAUAAUCAAAAUUUACUACAUUUGUAAUAGUUUGUAACAUAUUUUUCCCGCUGGGCACAAUGUAUAAGAUUUUCUACACCCGAUUCAAUUCAAUGGUCACUUAAAUGUAAAGGGCAAUGGACCCAGUUAUAGACAAUGAGUGGCUUGGUUGCAAGAAUGAGCCAAUUGAUGAUAUGCAGAAUGUGGGCAACAUUGCUCGAAGCUGGCAGUGGCGGGAGAGAGGCAUCAACCCCUCCCACUACCCAAACAACAAGACUGUACUCGAGAACAUGGCUGAAGACAUCCUUGUACAGAAACCACUUCAAAUAAGAAGCUAUGACUUACCGGGCUUCCCAAGAUCUACAUUUUUAAUGGUUUUCAGCCCUGAUGGAACAAAAGUAGCUUCAACCCAUGGCAACCACAACGUGUACGUGUCUGAGUUGGCGAGUGGGAAGCACGUUCGUAUACUGAAGGGUCACCCGCGCACUCCGUGGUGUAUCGCCUUCCACCCCUCGCACGCGCUCCUCAUUGGUUCCGGAUGUCUCGGCGGACAAGUCCGAGUCUGGGAUAUUGCUAGUGGUGGCAGUGAAGUGUGGAAUGUUCGAAACGAAACUGUGAUAGCAUCCAUAGCUUUUCAUCCACGCGAACAGCUGUUAGUGAUAGCUACAUACAAUGAACUAUACUUUUGGGAUUGGAGCCAACCCGCGCCAUUCACUAGAGUUUCUACUAAUAAUAUCAAUGAGAAAGUCAGAUAUGUGGCGUUCGACGCGCUCGGAUACAAACUCAUUACUGGGAUAUCGCUUUGGGCGUGUGCGGGGGGGUCUACGAACAGUUCCUUAUUACAACAAAACCCGCCACCGGGCCCUACAAACCAAAGUAACAACUCCAGAAGAGAUGAUUCUGAUGACAGUCCUGGAGGAAGUCGACCCCAGGAAAGCCCGGGUUCCGCCCGCGACAUGAUUGUGAACUCUUACCAAAACUUGGUACAAAGAUAUGACAGUCUAGUGAGAAAUUAUCAAAGAUUAUUUAUGGUUCGGCACAGACUGACCAAUACUCCGCCGCCGCCCCCAAACACGACGGACAGAGGGACAGAUCCUAUGGAAACCGAUGUGUCUCCAACUGCCGGCACUUCUGGCUGGUCACGCGGUGAACAGUCUUCCACUUCACAAUCCAAUGCAAAUCCAACACCCAGUACAUCACGAGUUGAAAAUCCUGUAGCAAGUGGCAGUCCUGAGGCCGACAACAGCGGCAGCCGCCUACUAAACUUAGAUGUUUUGUCUAUUGAUGGCAAUUCUUCCAGAAAUCAAACCGCAUCAAGUUCGGAGCGCUCUCUCUUUGGGUCACGUUCCUCUGCUUUCCAACCUCUAAACGGCGCGGACCCGGCCGCCCGCCGGCCUGGCGCUAGAACUGUGGAGUACACGUGCACUCGACUGUUACCAAACCCUUUCUCUUCGUCCAGUAGCAGUAGUGUACCCAGGACUACUAGAGUCACUUUUACACAAAACCCUCCCGUAUCUAACAGCUCUACUAACACUUCGCGCACCAGCAUAUUUACCUCGUCCAGAGGCCCGACUUCCUUCGCAUUUCGACGACGAAACUUUUCCCCAUUAACACACAGUACCGACUCGCCUCGUGCAGAUCCUCCCACGGCUUCGACUAAUAACUCUGGUCCCCCUUUCCUUCCUCGCCGGUCAUUCCAAACAAAUACUUCGAACGACAGUCAACCAUCCACAUCAGGUACGUCUUCGUCGCAAAGACCAGCAAUGACUAACUCAUCCACACAGAUGAGCCCGACGACGACACCGGUCGAUGCACAAACUAUUAAUGAAAGCCUUGAUUUGAUACGUGAUAUCCUACGAGAUUCUGGUACAAGACUCUUGAAUUUGAUCACUAACAUGUCAUUGUCAACGUUGGCAAGCGUCGAACGGAGUAUCCCCAGAAGGGGUAGUGGUUCUCGAGCCCACUCUGACGAGAGUGAAAGCGGUGGCAGGACUAGGAAUGGUCGACCUCGUGUGCGUCUGUUCAGUUCCACCUGGAGCCGCGACUUUUUGUCGUCCAGUUCUGAUUCAGACAGUGAUCAGUCAUCCGAAGUCAAUAUUUUUAGAACUAGAAAUACGACCUUCCGAGAAGAGGAUUCUAGACCAAACGAUCGACCUCCAGCUGCUUCCUCGGAAAGAUUGCCAACCGCUACUGAUAGGCUUGUGUUUGAGUUAAACGACAUGUCACAGGGUGGGCCCUCUAGAGAGCAAGGAGGAAUCAAUGUAACUUCAUCAAAUAAUAGUUUUCGUGUCCGAACACAAAGCGAUUCUUUGAGCAACAAUCCUAGUACGGAGAGAACUUCUUCUACAACGGACAGAUCUGCUCCGGCAGGCGGCGGUGCAGCAGACGCGCCUGGAACUUCUGGGACGCAGACACGGUCACAACAAACAGCAACGGACUUCGAUCCCGAUAGACCUUCAACCAGCAGGGAUGACUUUUGGAACAGAGGUAGCUCUGUUCCACCUGACGAGGCUUACAGAAAAGUAAGGAGUGGUGUCAGCGCUUUACAGAAGCACACCGUGCAAUUGACGAAUCUUUGGCUUCGAGGGAAUCGCACUACCAUGAGAGAACUACGUGGUAUGUGGGAAAACCUACGCCGACGAAUAUUAGCCUUACACAGAGAAACGGGGCGUCAAGAUGUGCCCAGUUAUUAUACGAGACCAUUAUUGGAUCGUUGUAUGAUGUUGACUGAUAUGACAGGUAAUCUCACACGGUCUCCCAGAGUCCCAAGAAACUUGCACAGGCAUGAAGAUGCCAGGAGGCAUUCGACUGAGGGGCGCAACGCUCCUUCAAAUACUGACAAUGCAAAUAGUACGAAUCAGACAGACGGCGACCACAACAGGUCUAAUGACAAUGCAACUGACAAUCGACCUUCACACACAGGAAGGACUUCUAACGUAAGAUCUUCACCUACCAAUCGGGCUUCCCCAUCAUUUAGAAGAAGACUGCAAUCCAGCUAUCGUUGGCGCCCGGAAGACGAACUCAGAAGGCGAUCUCGAAACCCUACAGCUAAUCGUCUGGCACCUCGUUACACUAACCGCUCUCGCAGAGACUUCGCUCGUGCGAUUGAAAUUAGUGCAACCAGGCAUGAAAUACGUAUGCGGGCUAUGCAAGUGCUAUCAGUAAUGUUUAAUAUGAUGAUGAUGUGUCUUGAAGAACGGGGUCUCAGUCAACUUAUUAUCAGUAUGUUGAGAACGCUGAAAAGAGCAUUGGCUUUAACGUGCCUCAUUGUCAUGUCAAAUAGGAAUAAUGGUCGCACUGCUAGCAAUCAAGCACCUGCCCCACAGCCUGUAGAGUCUCUAGAUGUCGUACGUAUUCAAAAUGUAGAGCACAAUGUUGACGUAAAUGUCGAUGGUCCUGAUGACCUCAUGCCGCCAAGCACCUCACAAAACGCCGUAGAACCUGACGCAGUCGUUCAACAAAACGGCAAAGCUGAUAAAGCUACAGAACCUGCUACACCUUCAACAUCUAGAGCCGAGACAGGUGAAAGCAGUCGCAGUAAUAGUAGACCAGAUGAGACACCUUCUACUUCAGGAGGUAGCAGACUUUCACAAAGAUGGAGCAAUCGUCUAGCUGUCCAGAUAGCCGCAGCUAACAAAAAUACUUCUGCAACAGCUAGAAACAGACGAGACUUGUACAUGGAAAGUAGACGACUAAAAGCUCUCCAUAGAACUAAUCCAAGCGCACAUCCUCUCAUUAAAAGGAGAGCGGUACCUCCGAUUUCGAAUUAUAGAAUACCGGCACUAAGGUCUUUACCUAGAAGUGGCGUGCCAAGAUUCAGAACACCUAGAGUCCAGUCGCAAAAUAAUGAACCGGUCGCUGGCCCUUCGAAUGCCCCACAAAAUAAUGACAGCGGCAAUCUUCAAGAGUCACCUGGGAGCGAGCUAAUGAGCGAGUUCGAGCAUAGAGUUAAUUUUAUAAGAAUAGCACACAUGCAGGCAGUGAGGCUCAGAAAUGCAGCUAGAAGUAGAUUUAGACGAUUACAGACUAUCCGGCUGUACACGCCAUCGUCGGUGCGGGAGAUGUUCGCGCUACAAACCCACGGACAGGACGCGCCCGGUGAGCGUGGCGGGGGCGCGGGCGCGGAAGCGGGUGCGGCCACUGCGGGUGGGAGCGGGCAGGCGAGGGGGAGCGGGCAGGCGGGGGGGAGCGGGGGCGCGGGGCCCAGUCAGGGUGAAGGCGGGCGCCACCCCCUGGCGAUGUUCAGGCCGCACAUCCUGACGCCGCGCGACGACCUCAGCCACCAGUUCCACACCGUGCUCAACAACGUGGCCAUGCCGCUCAUGCAGGUCAGCGACUUCGCGCCUGCUGCCGACGGGCCGCCCGCGCCGCCGCAUCGUCUGCCGCGGAUACACGAGUAUCUACAACCUAUCAUUCUAGCUCAGAACGCGAUGGUCGUGGACGACGAAGGUGGUAGCGGAGAGGGUGGCGGCGGCGGCGGCGGCGGUGGUGGCGGCGGGGGCGGGGGCGGUCCCCCGCGGCGGCUGGCGGGCAUGGCGGGGCUGCUGGACGCUGGCAUCAUCUCCGAGGCAUUGCACGCGCCCUCGCACCGCGUGCAGGCCUGGGACUUCACCACCGGCAACACACCCGAGAUAGCCGACAGUACGAAAAAUGUGGUAGUGCAAAGGUGUAGAAUUCAUAAUGACGCUAGUAUCGACAUAUCUAAAGAUGGCAGACUGUUAGUGGCGCUGCUCCCAGUGCCGAGAUUAAGAAACACGAACCACUGGCUCGGUGUGUACUCGUUGGAGUGGGCGCGGCUGGGCCAGUGCCUGCACACGGCGGUGCUGGAGCAGAGCGCGGUGUCGGUGGCGCUGUCGCCCACGGCGCGCCACCUGGCCGUGGGGCUGGGCUCGCGCAGGUUCACCACCGCGCCGCACGCACGCAACAACGUCAUCGCGCUGCUCUACAGGCUUGAGCCGUUAGAGAGUUCAAGUCGAACUGGCUUGUCUCCGAUCAAGGAGUUGGAACAGAACUGGGAGCAUGGGUUCACUAGUCUUAACUGUCUGCGGUGGGCGCCACAGCCGGGACAGGGCCUCGUCUACGCCAACAACACCGGCCAACUUAUCAUCAUGAGCUAAGUAGUAUAAAAAAAAUGAUAUAAAUAAAGCCUUUGAUGCUGUAUAUCACUGCCACGCUACUGCCUACUCUAUAUCAUUCUAAACGUAAAUCUAUUUACGCGUGUGUGGCAAGUUCUCUAUUUAUAACUGCUGAAAACAUUGAUUCACAAUUAUUAUAUUUCAUAAUGUAAUGAGUGUCAAGUUGUAUUAUUUAAUAAUAUCAUAAUACCAUAAUAUUAAGAUGGACUAAUCACAGAUUGUCUGUUUAAGUCAAUCAGAUUUAUACAUAAAUAGUUUGUAAUAUCCAAUACCAAUGUUCUAUAAAUUGUAAUUGAUCUCUUGAAUCAUUGGGUUGGGACUUGAAUGUGUUUGGUGUAAUCACAGAAAAAUGUACUGUCUGUUAUAGUUCCGAGAGUUGAAACUUGUAUGCAUGUAUUACAUUUCAUGUUGCCAACAUAAAUAUACCUAAGCCAAGCCAGCAGAAUAUUGAGACGAGUAAUACAUACAUAGAAGUAUAGAUAUAAUCGCCAGUCGUUAGAUAUUUUAUUCUUAGUAAUAAUCAGAAAUUCUGAAAAUUUAUAGUCUACCUAUUCUAUAUUUUUUAAGUUAUUUUUCUUUUAUAUUAUUUGUGUUGUUAUACACUGUCUUCGUAAGUAAAAAUUAAAUUAUUUUUGGUUGUAAAGAAACAUGAAAUAUGUACUCAUUUAUCACGCAAUCAUGUAUAGUUGUAUGCGGACAUUUCUAAAUUAUUUAUGUAAUAAGUUUUCAUCACAUUUAAUACUCUCACGAAGGCAGUGGUUUCGGUUCUUCCAUAAUAUUAUAACUAUUCUGGCGCAUCAUUUACGUCUAUUAUUAUUUGGUCCUAUCAAUAUAAUCUAUAAAUACUUCGUGUUCCUUUUACUUUUACGUAUUUAAUUUUAUUUAAAGAGUAAAAAAACAUUUUAGGCUGGGACUUGUUUCCGGUUCUCUUCUAUUCUAACAUACCGUUUUUACUAUUUGUCACCUAACAUUUCUUAGCUUUAUCGUUUUAUUAUUAAAUACCCCAAGAAAUACCGGAGCCACGAAGCCCAAGCCUAAGACUGAUUUUUUUCGCGUUUAUAGACUGAUGUUCGAUUCAACCAGGGUACGAUGGGAUAGAAAUUGUGACGCCGUGCGAACUUGAAGGGGAAAUAGAAAAUAAAAUAUUUAUUAAAAAAAUCGACGUAUAUGAAAUAUGUUUACUCCACAAACAGGGGCCAACAUACAUUACACAAACUCGCAUAAAUUCGCGAAAGAAACAAGAUUGGUUCAUUGUGAUUGAAAGGGACUUCUUUGUUAAUGGCCCUGCGCAAGUAAACGGCAGUUCAAUGACACUUCCGACCUUUGUGCUUAUUGAUCGACGGUAAUGACUUUUCACUGCCUUUUACAAGAUGUAGCUAUAGCCCUGCUACUGCUUAGCGACCUGAAAUUGGUCUUAGUCAUUAGCGGGUUUUGUAUAACGACCUUUCGAUAGGUCUUUUCAAUCCUGUGGACGUCGUAGCCCCAUAUACGCCGGCUCUAUUUCUGGGAAAAAAACUAUAUUCUACAGUAAAGAAUAAUAGGAAUCUGAUAAGUUUUCAACAUGAAAUUACUGUUGAGAUAAAGAUCGUCUAAAGAAAUUGUAUACAGUCAACUAAACGUUUAUAAAAUAUGUAUAUGUAAGUUAAUCAUGCUCUGUCAGGCUAGUUAAUUAUUGCUUCGUAGGUUAUUUCCUUAUAUUGAUGGUUUGCUUUUGUCGAGACUGUCAAAUAUCAACAAUUAUCUAAUCGAAUCGUAAGUAUAAUAAAAGCUAGAUGUCCCAACUAUUUCCUAACAUAUUUUAUGUCGUUGACCCCUUCAGUAAACAUAUUAAGUAUAUUAAUGUAGAUUUUCAAAUCUUUAGGUACGUUGUUACUAUGUGUCAUUUCAUUACUUCUAUAUAGAAUGUAAGAUAUCAUUUAUUUUACAGUUUUGAGUUCAAGAUAACUUUAUCCGCAGAAUAUUUUUGUACUUCACAUAAAAUAUGGUGAACACAUAAAUUCUAAGACAGGAAUGGCUAAUGCAAAUAGCUUUGCAGAAUAGUGUUUCUAAUAAAAGCAACGGCUUGUCGCGAUUCCUGGCGGCUUAUAUUCGCCAUCUUCCUGAAUAUAUUUCUUGCGGAAUUACUGAACUGAAAAAACGUGUUUACCGAAUAGAUAGGCAAUUUUAAUGUAAUAAAAUAAAUUCAAAAACACGUUUAAAAACGAUCUUCCAAUUAAAAAAAAUGAAUGAAACUAAUACCAGAAUUAUUUAUCAAAUACCAACAUGAAAUUUAUUCAGCGGAUAAACUUACCAUUUUAUGUAAAUAUUUUGACUUUCAAAUAAUUUGUGAUAAUUGUAAGAAUAGUUAAAAAUAACUGUACAGUUUUUUUUAAUAUAAGAUUCUGUGUACAGAUCCCUUUUUGUGUCUAAUAAAAUCCUAAUAGUUG